AUGGGAGGUAGCCUCUUCCUACUAGCUGCCUUCGCGUUUCUGGUCCCUGUCAAUGUGUUGACCGGUCUAAGAUGGAAGACACCCCUUUACACUGUGGCGUUCGUUAUGGGCCUGCUAUUUGAGGUCAUGGGAUACGUAGGGCGGUUCAUGCUGCGGACGAAUCUUGCCAGCAGGAAGUACUUUGUGCUAUUCUUGCUUGGGACGGUGAUGGGUCCCACGUUCAUCACAGCAGCGAUAUAUCUUGUUCUACCACACGUCCUCACGAUAUAUGGAACCGACAUCAGCGGCAUAUCACAGCCUAUUUACCUGGCAUAUUUCUUCCUCGCAUUUGAUGUCUUUACUCUUGCUUUUCAAGGCGUUGGCAGCGCAUUCGCUGUCCAGGGCACCAGCGAUGUUGAGGUAAAUCAGGGUGUCAACAUUCUGCUCGUCGGCCUUGCUCUUCAAGCUUUGAGCAUCUUCGUCUUUCUUGGUCUCUACUACUGGUUUCUUAUCAAGCUGGUGCAUAGCCGCGACCUUCUGGAUCGGGAGCACUCCGAUAUCUACCUCUCCGCGCGCUUCAAGACUUCUCUCCUAUGUGGGUAA